AUGGCGCAAGCAAAAGGCCUCAAGCAGAUCCUCACCAAGCAACCCAGCGACGUUGUUCUCCUCUCCUCCCUCCGAACACCAGUCACACGAGCCGUAAAAGGCGGGUUCCGCGACGCCUACGACCACGAACUCCUAUCGCACAUCCUAAAAGCCACACUCGCCGCCAACCCGAACCUAGACCCUGCAAAGAUCGACGAUGUGGCCGUGGGCGUAGUAUUAGCGGAGCUAGGGGGCUCGAAAGCCGCGCGCAUGGCCCAAUUACACGCCGGAUUCCACGAGCGGACGGCCCUGCACACGAUCAACCGGGCCUGCAGUUCCGGGUUGGCAGCUGUAACCAGCAUCGCCAACAUGAUUUCUGUGGGCCAAAUCAACGUCGGCAUCGGCGCAGGCAUGGAGAGCAUGACUAAGAACUACGGCAGCAAAGCGAUCCCGACUGCACUGUGGGACGAACUAAAAAACAGUCCUGUGGAAAACGCCCGCGAUUGCAUUAUGCCCAUGGGCCUGACGAGCGAAAACGUGGCCAAACGGUACGGAGUGAAUCGAGAAGACCAGGAUGCUUUUGCCGCCGAAUCUCACAAGAGAGCGUCCAAGGCUCAAAAGAGUGGUCUGUUCGAUUCCGAAAUCGUCCCCGUCAAAGUCAGGCAAUAUGUCCCUGAACAGCCGGAUGUUGCGCCGAAUGAAGUCGUGGUCGAUAAGGACGAUGGGAUCAGACAUGAUGCCAGUUUGGAGAAGAUGGCCAAGUUGAAACCGGCUUUUUCAAAGGACGGUUCGUCAACGGCGGGUAAUUCGUCUCAGAUCUCUGAUGGGGCCGCUGCGACUUUGCUCAUGCGUCGCUCAACUGCUAAUGAACUGGGAUUGUCGAAAUCCAUUAUUGGAAAGUGGGCAGGCACGCAAGUUGCUGGAUGUCGGCCAGAUGAAAUGGGUAUUGGUCCUGCUAUUGCUAUUCCUAAGUUGUUGGAUUAUACCGGACUCAAAACGGAUGAUGUUAAUGUCUGGGAAAUCAACGAGGCCUUUGCAAGUCAAGCUCUUUAUUGUAUUCGGAAACUGGGGCUGGAUGUUGAGAAAGUCAACCCGCGCGGAGGCGCAAUUGCCCUCGGUCAUCCUCUCGGUAUGACUGGCACGAGACAGUUGGCUACUCUGAUGCCCCAGUUGCAGGAGGGCCAAGUCGGUGUUGUUAGUAUGUGCAUUGGUACUGGGAUGGGUAUGGCUGGCUUGUUUGUGAGGGAAUAG